AUGGCAGAACCAGCAGCAUCUCUAACAGCAGAUGUAGAGGGUCCCGUGGUACAACGAACAGCAGCACCAUUGUUGUCUGAGCUGAUUGCUGAACCUGGGACAAGUGCCUCCUACAGCAAGACAUGUUGCACUUUGCUUCUCAGGUCAUUAGUUGUUGCUGGUGUGCUACAGUUCAAUUCAGGCCGAUGUUGCGACAGUGAGUCAAUCGUGUUUGGUGGUUGCAUAGUGUUAGUUGUUGUCAGUUGUAGUUGUAUAGGAUGGGUGGGUCCUAGCUGUGCCGGGGUCUUAUGGGAUUCCUGGUGA